AUGUCUCUUGAACGACCCGAUAAUAUCCCCUUGGACCGUAAACAAACGGCCCAGAAACCGUCGCCCCAGAAUGCCACCGAGGAAACCAGUCUAGGUGAUAUCGAUGAUGUGGUUCUCGACCCGGCCAAAGAGAAGAAGCUGCUGCUCAAGCUGGACUUCGCUUUUGUGCCCAUUAUCAUGUUGACUUAUCUGUCUUGUUUCCUCGACCGGAGCAAUAUCGGAAAUGUCAAAGUGGCCGGUAUGCCUGAAGACAUCGGAGCCUCGGCCAACGAGUUCUCCAUUGCCGUCUCCAUCUUUUACGCUACCUAUGUCUUGCUUGAGUCGCCGUGGGCGGUCGCCAUGAAAAAGCUGACCCCUCGCAACAUUCUCACGGGCCUGUGCAUUAUCUGGUCCAUCACCACCGUCUUCACCGGCUUCAUUCAUAAUGUAGCCUCCCUGUACGCCACCCGUCUCAUCCUCGGUGGUUGCGAAGCUGGUCUCUUCCCAUGCCUGAAUCUGUAUUUGACGAUGGUCUACCGGCGUGAAGAGCAAGCUAAGCGGGUUUCUUAUCUCAUGAGCUGUGCUGCCAUCUCUGGUGCGGUUGGAGGACUACUUGCCUACGCCUUGUUGCACAUGGACGGCGUCGCAGGAAAGGCCGGAUGGAGAUGGGUCUACAUCAUUGAAGGCAUCUUCAGCCUCCUCUGCGCGCUCCUCAUCUGGUUCGGCCUUCCCAACGACCCGACGACCGCCUACUUCCUCACCGAAGAGGAAAGGUACAUGAUGUGCGUCCGCAACGCCCAGCGUCAGAAGUACAUGGGUAGCGACCACUUCAGCUGGGAGGAAAUGCGGCUGGCCCUGCGCGACCCCAAGCUGAUCUUCAGCGCCAUCACACAAUUCUGCCAGGACAUUUUACUGUAUGGAUUCAGUACGUUCCUGCCAACCAUCCUCGAGAGUCUGGGCUACAACUCGCUGAUGAGCAAUGUGCUCACCGUGCCGGUGUACAUGUGGGCCGCUGCGGUGUCUGUUGCGGUCGCGUUCUUCGCGGACCGGUAUUCAAAGUUUGCGGCCUUCAUUUUCGGAACCAACAUCUUCGGCAUUCUGGGCUACAUCCUCCUGUUGGCCGUCUCCUCCAACCCGGUCAAAUACUUCGCCACUUACCUCUGUGGCGUGGCCGUGUACACCGGCGUCGGGCUGAACGUGGCUUGGCUGAACGUCAACGUCGCCCCACAGUACCGGCGUGCGCUGGCGAUCGGCCUCCAACAAACAGUCGGCAACUGCGCGGGCAUCGUCGCGGGGCAGGUGUAUCGUUCCUCGCCGUAUGUGCUAGGCAACUCAUUCUCGAUGGGAGCGUUGGUAGUGGCUCAGGGGUUGGUGACGCUGCAUGCGCUGUACCUGCGGAAAGAGAAUCAGGUCAAAGAGGAGAUCGUGGAGGGCAAGGUGGAGGAUCGGCGGCGAGUGCAGACUGGCGAUGCGGAGUUGGAGUUCAAGUACAUAUACUAA